AUCUCAUAAUAAAUAUAUAUUUCAGAAGUUGUAAUUACAGUACAAUGAAGCAAAUAAUUCAUUUGUCAGUUCAUUCUCACCUAUUGGUGUUGAGACCGAAGCUACACUGUCGUAUCUCUCAAGUCAGAUUUAUAUCAGGGGAUAAAAGCGGGAAAAUAUCGCAGGAAAAGGAAGAGAAAAUUUUAGUCGAUAAAUCGGGAAAAAUUCCUGAUUCAGCGACCACAGAGAAAACGCCUGAUUUAAUAGUAGAUUCUGCUGGGAAGAAAAUAUUAGAAUUGAAUUCGACAGAGUUGCAAAGUAAAUAUUUGCCCAAACAUAUGAGUUUUGAGGAUGCGAGGGAGGCAGCACAAAAAGCAAUUUCUUUACAGAAAAGGCAUUUAGAGGAUCGUGUUGAGAGUUUAAGAAAUAUAUUCAGCGGUAAACCUGACCUACCCCGAACACCAGACGAAGAAUGGUAUUAUAAAAAGGUUAGCUUCUGGAUGAAGAGGUACGAGAACUUUGUCGGAUUGACAGAUGUGAAGGCGGCGCAGGCCAGGGUUGUCGAGUCAGAGAAGCGGUUCAUUGAAAUGCAGGAAAAAAGGCGGGAAACUCAGGGAAAUAUAUCAGAAGUACAGAAGAGAAUAAAGGAAAUUCACUUAGAACUUGAGAAAACACAUCGAGGAGAGGAUAGAUAUUUAGUUCUAGUUACUCAGGAACAUCAGGUGUUAAAAGAGGAGAGAACCCAUCUGGAGGAGUUCAAGCUCUACGAGAAGUCGGAGCGUGAGUUCUUCGCCGCGCUCUCCAACGCUGUCAGAGAUUCCCACGAGAAAGAGCGCGCACAAGCAGAGAAAACGAAAUACUGGUCUAUUCUAGGAUCCAUCAUUGGAACAUGUUUAGGAAUACUGGGUACAACAAUUAAUAAUAGGUUAAGAAUGAAUGAGCUUCGACAGCUUGUAGCUAAAAAUAGUACUGUUGAAGAAAUUCAAGCAAUAGGUUCCGAUUUGACGCGAAGUUUUGAUUCUCAUGAGAAGGAAUUGAGCGGGUUAACCGCUCAGGUUCAGGGUAUACUUCAUCAAGCUCAAGCAGGGCUAGGAAACUUAAACAAGGUUGAUGAGGUCCUGGUUAGUUUAAAUAAAUCAAGUGAGCUGAUAAACACGAGGUUCCUGGAGGAAUCCUUGGCUAGGGUUCAACACAGACAAGAAACUAUCUCAGAUCUCAUCAUACAACACGAGAAGGUUUUAGAUGAGAAGAUUGAAAAUAUAAAAUCCGAUAUUUUUGUUCAAAACACGAAUGUCGGAAAACUUGCACAUAUUCAACUCAAGGAUCGUGAGCGGGAUCAGCAGGUUGGAUUAGAAAGAGAAAACUUUGUCAAGACAAAUUUUGAAUUGUUAAGAAAAGAGAACAAGGAACUUUUUCAAUCUUUGACAAACUAUUCAAAGGAAAUGGACGAUAAAAUUAAAGAUGUCAGAUCUCUUCUUCUGGUUGAGCAAAGAAUGCCAAAAUUUGAGUCGAAAGUACUGGAUAAGCUGGUCAGCCUGGAGUCUGCGCAGAAGAAACUGUUCCUAGCUGGAGAAUCUACCAGUCCCGCUGUUCUUCCUGGACCUCAACCUAAUAUAACCGCCAUCCUUGAAGCACAUCAUCGCCGGACUAAACAGACGGUUAUUCUCAGCACUCUUAUGGUGGCGGUUCUCACGCCGGUGGCGGUUUACGCUGUAAACCAGAUGUAUAAAAUCUAUUUGGUUACCGACGGAAAUAAAGGGACGAGUGACGAUUAAUUUUGACUUUUCUCCGCCAAUCUACUGAAGUAUCCAUUGUUUCUUAGGUACUGUUACUAUUAUUAUCUUAUUUAAAAGUGUGAUAUGUAAUACUCUA